UGUUUUUCACAGCAACUCAAAAAUCAGGAACAUGGGCUCUUCCUUAAGGUUCUUAGUGUUGCUACUUGCAGCACUCAUUCUCACCCCUCAAGGCCUAGCCAACUAUGAAAAAACCCCUGUGUACAAGCCACCAGUUGAAAAACCACCAGUUUAUAAGCCACCAGUUGAGAAGCCACCUGUUUAUAAACCACCGGUUGAGAAGCCACCAGUUUACAAGCCUUCAUAUGAGAAGCCACCAGUUUAUAAGCCACCAACUGAAAUACCACCUGUUUAUAAGCCACCAACUGAGAAGCCACCAGUUUAUAAGCCACCAGUUGAGAAGCCACCAGUUUACAAGCCUCCACAUGAGAAGCCACCUUAUGGUCACUACCCUCCAGCAGAUGAUAGAACCCGUCUCUAAAGCAUGUAAGAGGUCGUACAUGAAGGAUAUGCUAAAUAAGAGGUGUAGUUACCGCUUGUCUUCUUCAUUUCAACCCUUUAUUUACAAUGCUAUGGCCGAGACAAGAGCAUCAUAAAUGUAUGGAGUGUGAAGCAAAAAAACAGAAAUUGGUGCUUUUGUACUCCAAAUUAUGAAUAAAAGAAUUUUAUGAUUUAGA